UCCUCGGGUUUGCCACUGCGCACCGCGGCAUCGCUUCUCACCACACUGUGCGGACUGUUGCUGCGCCUGGAGCACCUGCAGGCGCUGAAAGAAGAAAAAGAAGAAGAAGGGGGGAAGAAGUGGACAGCGAUUGCUUAAAGAGACAUCUGAGAGAGGAGAGGAAGGAGAAGGGGGCCGGACAGGCGGGAGGAGCGCACCAUGGCCUCAAAGGAGACUACAGCGGCGGGCUUUGCCAACGUCAACAGGGAAAUCACAGAGAGCAUCAGAAAGGUGCUGGACAAACAAGCCAUUAAGUUUGUGCGAGCCGUCAAGCAGGACAUGAGGAGCGGCAAGUCAGAGGACAGGAUUCUGGUCCUGGCAACAUGGAGACUGUAUCUCUUUGCUGUCAAAGUGCCCACCAAGGUCGAGGUCACCUUCAAUUUUUUGGAAAUCAGAGCAAUGAACACCUACCCAGAACACCAGGUAAUCAUCGAUACAGACAAGACCACCUACUCGCUGAGGCUGCAGACCCAGGAACAGCUGGAUCACAUGGUCAGCCACAUCAACUACGCCCUCUCCAGAGUCUUCAACAACUCAAUUUAUGCCCCUCCUAUUUGUCGAGCAGAGGGAGAAAUGCCCGAUGGGAGUCACAAGUUUUCACCGAACUCUGAGUCAUCAUUAGAUCCCCAGAAAACUUGUGGAGGUUUUUCUGAGACUUAUGCAGCUCUCUGCGAUUACAACGGUAUUGGCUGCAAAGAAGAAGUGCAGUGGGAUGUUGACACAAUCUAUCACUCUCAGGACAACAGGGAGUUCAACUUACUGGAUUUCAGCCACCUCGACAGCAGGGACUUGGCAGUCAUUGUGGCAUCCAUUGCCUACAACACCUGGUUCACCAAGCUGUACUGCAAAGACAUGCGCAUAGGGUCAGAGGUGGUGGACCAGGUUCUACACACAAUCAGCAAGUCCAACAGUCUGGAGGAGCUCACUCUGGAGAAUGCGGGACUCAAAUCGGAUUUUCCACAGAAGAUGGCAUCUGCGUUAUCAGAGAACCCAGCCUCUGUGAUUCACUCUCUCAACCUGGCUCAUAACACACUAGACAACCAAGGAGUUUCCAACCUUAUUCAACAGGUGUGUCGCCUUAACAAGGGCCUGCGUCUCCUCAACCUCUCCAAGACUUCACUUUCCUCAAAGGGUGUGGUUUCAUUGUCCCAGGCACUGUGCUCAGCUGACGACUAUUCCAAUUCUCUGCUGCAUCUGGACCUUAGCAAGAACCCUGGGGUCUUAUCUGGAGAGGACGCUACAAACCUGUACCUCUUCCUGGCCCAGCCUAACUGCCUGGUCCACUUGGACCUGUCUGGGACAGACUGCACUGUGGACUCGUUGUUUGGGGCCUUGCUGCGAGGCUGCUGCGCUGACCUCUCCUACCUGAAUCUCUCCAAGAACUCCUUCUCUCACAGAAAAGCCAGAGAUUCUCUGCCAACUUUCCGUCAGUUCUUCAGCUCAGCAUUCAGCCUCACACAUGUCAGCCUGGCCUCUAUGAAGGUCCCCCCUGAUUCGAUGAGGGCGCUGUUCCUCGGUUUGUCCAAUAACCCUCAUAUCACUGAUUUACACCUGGACAUCAGCAGCUGUGAGUUGAGGUCAGCAGGUGCCGGGGUGAUUCAGGAGCUGUUUCCUCGAGUUUCAUGCGUGGGGACUUUAGAUAUCUCUGAUAAUGGUUUGGAUGCUGACUUGCUGGCUGUCAUCCCAGCGUUCUCCCGGCAUCCCUCCCUCAAACACCUGAUGCUGGGGAAGAACUUCAACAUCAAGGGCAGGGUGCUGGAUGAAAUUCUGCAGAAACUAGUUCAUUUGGUGCAAGAAGAAGAGUGUGCCCUGCAGUCCCUCUCGCUGGCUGACUCGAGGCUUCGGCAGCGGGGCACAGUGCUCGUCAACGCCCUGGGCUCCAACGCUUGUUUACGGAAGGUGGACCUGAGCGGCAACCUCCUGGAGGACUCUGGGGCCAAGAUGCUCAGCAAAGCUCUGCAGAUUAACACAACACUUAGGAGUGUGACGUGGGAUCGCAACAACACCACGGCGACAGGCUUCCAAGAUGUGGCGAGAGCGUUGGAGCACAACUUUACCUUGCAAUACAUGCCCCUGCCCCUCAGCGAUGUCACUCAAGCGCACCGCAGCGCCCCAGAGAAGACCGACCAAGCCCUGACCAAGAUCCAGCGUGCCCUGCUAAGGAACAACCAGACUCAGCGUUUCUCUCAGAAACAGGCUCUCAGGCUGCACCAAGGCCUCGUCACCAGCACUGCUGAACAGGUGAUGGAGCGUCUGUGUGUACGGGUGCAGCAGCAGGUUUGUGUCCUGAAAGGCUGCGAGGAAGGAGAGGAGGUCCAGACGGCUAGACAGAUCCUCAAAGAAGCAAGGAACUCGAGAGCUCUUUAUCCAUCUCUGUGUGAGCUGGCCCACGUGUUGUCAGUGGAUGGACCUGUUAAACAGCGCCUGGACACUCUGGCAGGAGAGCUGGCCAAGGCUGCAGACAAAGAACUGCAGGUGGUUGUGGACUCCAUGGUGUCCCUUUGCCGUGAGUUGUGCCCCAUGUCCUGCUCAGCAGCUGAGAGACUGAGUCCACCUUUGUCGUCCAUCUCUGAACAAGUUUCUAUCCCUCGCUCCGCCAUCCGCAACGCCCUGAUGGAGAGGGCGGCAGAGGACAUCAACAGAGCUCUGGAAGAAGUGAAGCUGUCUGUGGUCUCCUAUCUGACCAACUCCAUAGUUGAUCAGAUUCUACAAGAGCUCUACACCACCCAUAAAACCCUGGUACUGCUGCGGCAGGUGUCCCAGGCAAAGCGUUGGGACGAUGUCGGGACGGGCAGACGCACUGUCAGACAGUCCAGAAUAGUCGAGUCUCUGGAAUUCCCCGAUGAGGACUUUGGUGUCAACCUGGGAAUAGACACCAUGGCCAUUAAGAAGCGGAGCUCCAGAACUAGAAGAAUUCGACCCGUCUCCACCAGACUGAGUUUAGGCGAGGAGCCCAGUUCCUCUCCGACACCUUCAGCUCCACCUCACUCUGCCCCUCUUACCCACUCGGCAUCAUGGGAGUGUCUGUCCACUCUCCCCACCAAUGGAUCCCCCUUACGCCACGUGACCCACGCCAGGCCACGCCCGCCACGGCGACACAGAGCAGGACACCUACCUCCUGAAUCCCAUUGCUCUGAGAAUGGAGGAGUCAACAUGCUGGAGGACGGACUGCCUGAUUUCUACAGCAAACGAGUUUUACCUGACAGUCAGUUGUCGUCCCUGCAUCAGGCCCAGUCUCUGAGGAGGAAGAAAAGACGAAGUGUGUUGUCCAUUUUCUCAGGAUUCCGCAAGAACCGCAACUCCACCAUCUCUAAUCAGGACUCGGACAGCGCCUCAGAGAAUGUCUACUCCAUGAUUCAGCAUCCUAAAGAUGCCGUGAGGCCGGAGAGCGUUGUCCCAGGAGCAAAUGGGAGCAUGCCUUUACCUCACCCAACUCAGGGCAUGCCGGUGCAUGGGAUGAGAACUGCCAGCCCCCCCUGCCUCAUCCAAAGACAGUCCACAGACCUGGUCAGCAUGGUGUACAGCUGCAUCGGGGCAGAAAUCGAAGACUCCGAUGGCAGCAGCAACUGUGACAUCAAAGGGAUAGACCAGGAUGCUGACAGAUCAGUCACCAUCUCAGAUGCCCCGACAGAUACUCGAACUAACGGCCACGUGGUGUCCUCCAAACAACAGACGGACAGACAGAUGGAGACAGCCAGGCAGGAGAGGAUUGUGCCCCUGACAGACUCGCGGACUGAGAUAGAAGAUGAUGUGCAGAGCAGCGGAGGUGGAAUCGUGGCCCCCGGUGGGCCAAGGCCAGAGCCGCCUCCACAGAGUGCUAAGCCCAGUUUGGCUGUCAUGAGGCAGAGACACCUGCAGGAGAGUUUAGAAGAAGCAGGAAGGCUGGAGGCAGAGGGAGACCAGAGUGAAAGAAAGCGCGAGGAGAAACAGAGAGGGCGAGGGCCAGAGGGAGAGCGUCCUCUCAUUCCCAAUAAGCCCAGCUUGGAUGUUUCUAGAGACAAGACCUCUCCAGAUAAGGCCAAGACCUCCCCCGUCACCCCAGCAGAAGAACAAAUCAAUGAUCAGAGGUGUUUACCUCCUGGUCAACCCAUCGCUGAAGGUGAGGGAAGCACCGAGAGGAUGAGCCCACCGGCGUCUGUCAAGCCUGGGAUGGAAGCAGCAGAUCCUGCUGUAAUCAGUCACGAUGAGGAGGGAGGCCAUAAUGGAUUUCCAGCAGCAUCACAUCAGACCAGGAAGUCCAGCUCGUUUGACAUAGGCAUGGAACGGGAUGUGCCCUACGAUCUGGAGAGGUCUUCAGAUCGCAGAUUCCUUGUGAAAAAACCCUAUUUCCCUCAGUGCAGAAACAGGUCUCUGGACUACCCUGCUGGGACCGGGUGUAUGUAUCCGUCUCUCUUUCCUGCAGAUAUGUGCGGUUAUGAAAGCCCCCAGCUUGGUAACAGAGAUGCAUUAUGACAUUACCUGUGGACCAGGAGACGUUUGCUGGGAAGAAAGGACUUGGACGCGGAGGACUGGAGAGAGACAAGCUUUUAAAACUGUGGACUCGGCUGACAAAGAUUCAACAGGAUGUCUUUUUUUUAAAAAUAUAUUUUUAUUUUUAAUCCCUGCAAACAUUUGUUGCUGAAAAUGCAUGUACUGUAUGCCGGUUUUGACUGCUUGCACUCGCUAUUUUACUCUCAGGCAUAAACAAAGCUCUACUUUUCAUACAAACAUAGUGGAUCAGUGUGUCUCCAGUAUGCUCACAAACAGCUGUUUUAUGCAUUUGUGCAAAAAUCAUUUAAUAUUGAAAGCGUGUCUUUUCAUGCCCUAUCUGUAUUUAACUGACAAUCUGUGACUUCUGAAAGUGAGUUUUGUAGUGUAUUUAUUCUAAUUGGAUGUAUAUACUGAAUAUAUAACUGCACUAACCAUUGUGGUAACUCUGCCAGUUAACAAUCAUGAUUUUAUUUGUGAUAACAUAUCAUUUGAUAACCGUGUUUGUAAGUAUGCUUUUGAUGUAUGCUGCCGGUGAUGACUGAGAAACGUGUUACCAUGCACUCCUGUCUCUCCAAGAGUAUUUAAACUAGACAGUAGAUCAUUUUAAUCAGAUUUUGCGGGCCUGAAAAUGAGUAUUUUUUCUAAAAAUGCUUCUAUGAAUCCGAAUAAAUAAAAGUGACUUUCCAGAAGGAA